AAACUUAACGACAUCAGCGCAGACGCAUUGGUUUAUUUUGAUUUUACUCGCGCCAUGAAAAAAUAAAUAAAUUAAGCAUGAAUUAAAAAUGAUGACUUAACAAUUGAUCGUUGCUCGGACUAAGGAACAUAGUUAAACCCCAUUACCACCAUGGGGUCCCAGGCUCCAACAUCAGCCGAUGCCUGUUUAAGUAUUGUUCACAGCCUAAUGUGCCAUAGGCAAGGAGGAGAGAGUGAAAGCUUUGCCAAACGGGCCAUUGAAAGCUUGGUGAAAAAACUGAAAGAGAAAAGGGAUGAAUUGGACAGUUUGAUCACGGCUAUAACAACAAAUGGUGCACAUCCUUCUAAAUGUGUGACAAUCCAGCGGACAUUAGAUGGGAGACUUCAGGUGGCUGGAAGGAAAGGUUUCCCUCAUGUGAUUUAUGCUCGUAUUUGGCGAUGGCCUGAUUUGCAUAAAAAUGAACUGAAACAUGUCAAAUACUGUCAGUAUGCUUUUGACCUGAAGCAGGAUAGCGUCUGUGUAAAUCCUUAUCAUUAUGAGAGAGUUGUUUCCCCUGGGAUAGAUUUGUCAGGAUUAACCAUACAGCAUGCAGCUCCACCCACCAGACUGGUGAAAGAUGAAUAUGGAAGUGAUAUCGGUAUGGAAGGGGCAAGUAGUCAACAUGGUCAAGGGUCACCGACCCCUCAGAGCACAGUUCAACACCAGCAGCUACACCAGACACAGCAGUUGGCGGGGGCGGGGCAGGCUGGACCGAACCCUAUCCACGCCAUGUCCCCACAGCCCCUGUCUUCACCUUCUCCCCAGUCAGCUGCCAGUUCCAUCAGUCAUGCCCAUGGUGUUCCUCAGUCACCGUUGGAUUGUUAUGGCAACCAAAUACCUCAUGUAUCUCAGGCACAACCAGCCCUAAGUCCUUUUCCUAGAACUGCUCCUGAAGGUGCUACAUGGACGGGGAACAACACUGCCACCUAUACACAAAACCUAGAACCUCAGUACUGGAACAACAAUCAUUUACAAAGUCAAGAAAUGCUAACACCAUUAACUAACCAGCCUCCUCCUGAAUUCUGGUGCACCAUUACUUAUUUUGAACUUGAUCAGCAAGUUGGUGAAACUUUUAAAGUUCCCUACAGUUAUUCCACAGUGAAGGUUGAUGGAUAUACUGACCCAUCCAGUUUAGACCGAUUCUGUUUAGGACAGCUCUCCAAUGUCCAUAGAACUGAAGCAAGCGAGCGGGCUCGAUUACACAUAGGUAAAGGAGUACAGUUGGAUUACCGAGGUGAGGGAGAUGUAUGGAUCAGGUGUGUCAGUGACCACAGUGUAUUUGUACAGAGCUAUUACCUUGACCGUGAGGCUGGCCGAGCGCCAGGGGAUGCUGUCCAUAAAAUAUAUCCCAGUGCAUAUAUAAAGGUAUUUGAUAUUCGUCAGUGUCAUAGACAGAUGCAACAACAAGCGGCUACAGCCCAGGCGGCAGCUGCUGCACAGGCUGCUGCUGUGGCAGGAAAUGUUCCAGGACCUGCUUCAGUUGGUGGCAUUGCUCCUGCUGUCGGUUUAAGUGCGGCUGCAGGGAUAGGCGUUGAUGACUUACGGAGGUUGUGCAUAUUAAGGUUGAGCUUUGUGAAAGGCUGGGGUCCAGAUUACCCAAGACACAGCAUUAAAGAGACUCCAUGUUGGAUAGAGGUACAGCUCCAUCGACCUCUGCAACUUUUGGACGAGGUUUUGCAAACAAUGCCACUUAGUGAUCCCCGCCCACGGGGGUUCUUUUUAGGAUGAAUUUAGAAGUAUAUAUUUUCUUGGAAGUAGAAAUCUGAUCAGGUCGGACACUUUAAAAAAAUCACUUAAAUGUUCGUUGCAACGGCAUUACAAACUGUGCCGUAAAUAUGUUGUUGUUGUAGCUAUUUUGUGGUAAAAACUUAUAGUGCUAUUAUGUUUAGCUAAGUAACACUAACCAUUGAACACUUAGAUAAAGGAUUGUCACAUUUGUUUUGCCAAAUGCAGUAAAUAUGUGUAUACUGUGGAUUCAUUUAUUUUUGUGGGUAUCAAUUUCCGUGAAUUGUUGCAAAUUUGCAUAUUUGUGGAUAUUUGAUUUCGUUGUUUUGCCAAUCUCUGUAUACAGAGCAUAUGGAAAAUAUGUUAUUCUUUGAACAUGUGAAUUCAUGGUUCACCUGUACCCACGAAACCAACGAAAAUUAGUAUCCAACUAAUUAUAAUGAAUCCACAGUAGUUUGGCUAAAAUACCAAAGAAAACAAGAUAUUUUGCAUAACUGAAUCAAAUAUUGUGUUCACUUCCAUAUUAUGAAUGUUUACAUAUCAUUCCAAAGUCAAGGGAACCAUUUUUGUAAAUUUCAUUAUAAACAAAUUGUGUCUAAUAUGAUUUCAACUUUUAUGCCCCAUUUAUGGGCAUUUUGUUUUCUGGUCUAUUCUUCCGUUCAACUGUUUGUUUAAUCGUUCCUCUGUCUGUUAGUCCGUCUUUCCCGCUUCACAUUAUAGUUUUUGGUCAAGGUAGUUUUUGAUGAAGUUGAUGUCCAAUCAACUUGAAACUUAGUACACAUGUACCCUAUGAUAUGAUCUUUCUAAUUUUAUUGCCAAAUUAAGAAUUUUCACCCCAUUUUCAUGGUCCAAUGAACAUAGAAAAUGAUAGUACGGAUGGGGACACAUUUUUUUUUUUUUAUUCAGAACUUAACUGUGCAAUAAGGUAUUUACUAAUAAGAAUUACAUAGAAAAAAACGCAAACAUCGGACUUUAAAUUAUAUAUUUAGAUGCGCUUUUAGUCUACAUCAAUACUCAUUAAUGAAAGUCAAAUCAAUCAAUCAACACAUAAAUAUGAAUGGAAAAAAAAGUUUUUUUGCAUACCUAUUAAACUUUUUAUAGAUUUUCCCUAAACAGCUUGAGAUGAAAAGCAAAGCUAAUGUAUGUGAUUAGUUAAACCUUUGAAAUUUUUUAUGUCAAUUAAUAAGUGUUAUUGUACUUUAGGGCUAUUCCAUUUAAAUGUAUGGGGGAGAGUAGGAAGGAAAGUUAAAUUAUUAAAAAAUGGUCAUAGGUCUUUUUUUCAGUAUUUGUCUAUUACCACAUUGCAAAAUUAUCUUUAUAAAAAUAGUUCUUGGUUGAAGGAAUAUUUUGAUAUCCUUACUACCCUUUCACAUUCAUGUUAAUGGAAUAGCCCUAAAUGUUGUUAGAGAUUUUUAUUCAUUGUAAAUAUAUCAUUGUUAUCUUAUAAUUUUUACAUGUUAUUUUUAUGUUGAUCAUGUGACUAAUGGAUUAUUUAUUGACUUGAUCAUGUGAUCUGCCAUGUCGCUGGUCAUAUGACCUGUCAAUCUAUGAAGUAAUUAUUGAAAGACUUAACCAGGGGUUGCAUUUUGUAUGUUAAACAUAUUGUUUAUAUAUUUUUCAAAUGCUGUUGGAAAAGAUAAGAUCUAUUGAUAGUAAUUCUAGAAUUAAUUGGUGUAAAUUUAUAUGUUUAUAUGUACAUUUUUACAUAUAUUUUUUUGUCUCUAUAGAUCUCUUAAAAUACAGUGUCUUUUUUUCUAGACUUUACUUCAAAACAAUUUUCAUAUUGAUUCUACUUAUAAAGUAAACACGGUGUAUUGUUAUACAUAAAUAUAAAAAAUCAAUUUCAAAACAAGAACCAAAUUCAAAAUAAAACAAUAUUAGGUUCUGAAUAGAAACCCACAUAUUUCUUCUUUCUUUCAAAACCAUGUUUAAAAAUAGCAUUGGAAACUAUUCAUCAAAUAACAAAUCAACAUAUA